AUGGAGUUGAAACAAGAGUUAGAGUGGAAUGAAGCGCAGAAGAUUUCGAUUAAUGUGGACCUUGUAGCUGCAGCCAAGAGGCAGCUAUUAUUUCUUGAAGCUGUUGAUCGUAGGAACCGAUGGCUUUGUGAUGGCCCUGCUCUUCAAAAGGCCAUUUAUAGGUACAAUGCUUGUUGGCUUCCCUUGCUGGCAAAGUAUUCCAAGUGUCAAAUAUUGGAAGGACCUUUGGUUGUUCCUCUUGAUUGUGAAUGGAUUUGGCAUUGUCACAGACUCAAUCCAGUUAGAUACAAGUCCGACUGUUUGGAGUUCUAUGGAAGGAUUCUUGACAACCUUAAUGUUGUAUCUUCUGUUCAAGGGAAUUCAAAGAGGGAAACUGAAGAGAUUUGGAACACGCUGUACCCAAAUGAGCCCUAUGAAUUGGAGUUGACAAGUCCUCUUUCGGACGAUAUAUCUGGAGAAGUUUCUAGCACUGAAAAGUACAGUACAUAUGAUCUGAUUUUAGCCGUUAAAAGACAGGUUCCAUUCUUUUACCAGGUUUCCAGACCCCAUAUGGACCAUGAUGUCUUCCUAGAAGGAGCUGUGGCUAGAUACAAAGGUUUUCUGCAUCUGAUCAAGAGAAACAGGGAAAGAUCCAUAAAACGCUUCUGUGUUCCAACUUAUGACAUUGACCUCAUCUGGCAUACCCACCAGUUGCAUCCUGUUUCUUACUGUAAUGAUCUUGUAGCAAUACUUGGCAAGGUUUUAGAACAUGAUGACACAGACUCGGACAGAACCAAAGGGAAGAAGCUUGAUGUUGGAUUUUCUGUAACUACGAAACAGUGGGAAGAGACAUUCGGUUCAAGAUACUGGAGAGCAGGGGCAAUGUACAGAGGUAGUGCCCCAUCUCCUCUCACUAGAACUCCUUGGACCUCUAAUAUGAUGACCAAGAGGGUACUUGCAUCCAAUGACUAUCAGAAACGAAUUCAUCUUCCGGAAGGGAAAGUUGUGGAGGUUAUGUUGGAGUUUGUGGGAGUCAGAAACCUACCAGAGGGGCACAAGGGAAGCCUUUUUGUGUUAUUUAGUAAGACACAGCCUGAUACAAUCUUCAAUGUGGAGACGAGACUCAAUAUUUUGCCCGAGUCGGGGGAGAAACAGGUUGCUUUGUUCCAGUGUCAGCCUACGGGACAACUGCUCUUUGAUCUUGUCUCCGACUCACCCUCCAACUUAUUCAUAUCAAGGCCAUCCAAAACCAUGGGUUCUACUUCUAUCUCUCUGGAAAAUUUCUUAUUCCCAGUCUCUAGUCUCACAGUGGAGAAAUGGCUGGAGUUGGUUCCUAGCCCUGGCACUGUGACCUCCAAGCCAAUCGGUUUACGAGUUGCCAUAUCAUUUACUAUACCAACCCCAGCACCAUAUGUGCUUCACAUUGCUCAUUCUUGGCUGUUCUCAAAAAUCUGUUGUUUUUUCCCACUACCUGGAAGGGUUCACUUUGCAAAGGAAUGGACACGUGUCAUUGAUGCAGCUGGCAAUGAUAUCAUCAGCCUCCUAAUGAGGGACUUCAAGAAAGAAAAGGGGAGAAAUAACACCAAUCUGAAAAAAGAGGUGAUUGGCUUAACAAAAUCUGAUGAAUCACGUAUUGUUGCUGAGUUUGAUGGGAUAGAGUGGUCUUUCAUAGAUUCUCAAUGGUCCCUUAAGCUUGAGAGAAACGUCAACAAAGAUGGCAGCAUUUUUGAGCUGAUUGGUCAUCGGAUUGUAAAAUUAUUCCCUGGUAGAAAGCUAGAAUAUGAGCUGAAACACUGCAAUGGACAGGGAGCUGAAUGUGACUUUAUCACGGCAGUUGAAUUCUCAGCUCAAGACCCAUAUGGCAAUGCAGUGGCACUGUUUGACUUGAAAUCUGAAACUUUCCAGAUAAAAGAAGAAUGGUUUGUUUUGCCGGGGAUGACAGUGGCUUUUAUACUUUCUGAUAUUUUAAGGAAGGAGGGAUAUAAGGGCCUCAGCCACACUCUGAGUGGCAUGGAUUUGGAGAGGGAUUGUUUAGUUCAAGAAGUUGAUAGGUGCCAUGAGGAAGACACAAAAGGCAACUUGAACUCUGCUGUGGCACAGGAAGUGGAAUUGAAGGCAGAGUUUGCUGAAGGAAUCACACCAGUUCCAGAGAAAGGUGGGGCAUGUGGUGGUGGGUGUGGAAACACUCAAAAGAGUGGUGGUUGUGGUAGCGGUUGUGGUGGUGGGUGUGGAAACACUCAGAAGAGUGGUGGUUGUGGUAGCGGUUGUGGUGGCAGUUGUGGUGGCAGUUGUGGUGGUGGGUGUGGAAAUAGGAUGAAGAGCAGUGGUUGUGGUGGAGGUGGGAGCGGUUGUGGUGGUGGAUGUGGGAGCAGUUGUGGUGGUGGAUGUGGAAAUACGAUGAAGAGCAGUGGCUGUGGUGGCGGUGUUGGUAGUAAAGUUGCAGAUGGAAAGACUGCUGGUAAUCCCAACAUCAGUGAUCACCAGGAGGGAGCAGCAAUCCAAGCAAACGAAGCCCCAACUGCUUAGCAUUUCUUGUUAAGCGACCAGCGUGCCACCAGAAUCUCAAAAUUUCUUGUUGACUACUGUGUUUUAUCAGAAAGUUGCAGAUCCUGGAUUCAAAUUUCUGUACGAAUAAAACUAAGUUUUUAAAACUUUUCAUUGAAUAUCCACUUUAAUUGAGUUUUGAGUUACAUAUUUUUAUCUAAUUUAUUGUGUAUUUUAAAGAAUAAAAAUUACUAACCUAACGGCUAUGU